AUGGCCAAAUAUGACCUGAAGGUCCUCCGGUCACUCCUGUCACGCUCUAGUGCACCUCCUCGUCCUUUCAACAGGACCCAGUCUCGUCGUCUCGCAACCGAGAAGCCCUCAACUCCGACCAACAACAAUGAGGACUUUGUCUCAAUUGUUGACGCCCCUCCACGUCUCGUGCGGAUCGGCCAGAAGCACAAUAAGCUCGGUAUCGUCAUACUCUCGCUUAUCCCCAUCACUGCCUUCGCUCUUGGAACAUGGCAAAUCCAACGUUUAGAUUGGAAGACCAAGCUCAUCGCCAAAUACGAAGACCGUCUUGUGCGGCCACCUCUACCCCUACCACCGAGAAUUGACCCCGACGCAAUCCAUGAAUUUGACUAUAGAAGAGUGUAUGCUACGGGAUGGUUCAGGCAUGAUAAAGAGAUGCUCAUCGGGCCGAGGACGCAGGAUGGAAAGGACGGGUUCAUGGUCGUGACUCCUCUAGAACGGGAGGGAGGGAGUACUAUCUUGGUGAACAGGGGGUGGAUCAGCAAAGAGAAGAGAUUUCAGGUCGACAGAGAUCCUGAAAGUUUGCCCAGGGGCGAGGUUACGGUCUCAGGGCUGCUCAGAGAACCCUGGAAGAAGAAUUUAUUCACCCCUAAAAACCAGCCCGAAAUAGGCAAGUUCUAUUUUCCCGAUGUUAAUGAGAUGGCUCAAGUGGUGGGUGCCGAACCUGUUUGGAUCGAGGAGACCAUGACUCCAGACCUGUUGGUUAGCUACUCUCGAGAGGCCAAGGGGAUUCCGAUUGGGAGAGCGCCAGAAGUGAAUUUGAGGAACAAUCAUUUGCAAUAUAUCUUUACGUGGUACUCAUUAUCCGCCGCCACCACGCUCAUGAUGUGGAUGCUGCUAAAGAAGAAACCAAUUGACAAAGCUCGCCGGGUCCGCCAUGUUACCAAAUGGUAA